CAUGGCGCCUGUUGAAGCCCCAGCUUCUGCAUCCCGAGUUCGUGGGGCAGAUGUGUGAAGGCCCAGGGUCGGCACUGCUGGACUCAUUUCAGACCGGGGAUUGCUCCCGACACACUGCCUGUCGCCUGCUGAGGCUGCUCUGUGGGGCUGAGGCUUCCGAGACCUCAGGGACCAUCUUUCAGCCCUCACAGAAACCUCCUUCACCCUGGUGAUGGCUCACAGGGACUGUUUUCUCUCUCUUGGUCUGCAUGACGGCCAAGGAGGAAGGCAAAGGUAGAGCAGUCGGACCUCCGGAUCUCCCUGUAGUUAUUCCUCUCUGGACCCCAGGACAAGCCUUACUUGAGUAAAUGAUUCUGAGUCAUGAGUGAAAAAUCUUGCUCUUUCCAUAAUGAGAAAGAAUUAAAAGAUGGACAGGCCAAAAAUGUAUCUUCCAGAUACUCAUCACAUGACAAGGACAGCAAACCCUUUCUGGCUUUCCGAGGGAUACCCAUUUCCGACCUGCAGAGCCACAGCAUCCUCCAGGCGCUGACGACAGACGCUAACGGCUGGGAGCCUGGUGUUUUGAGUACAGAGGUGCUCAGGGCCCAGGAAGAAUGGGAGGCUGUGGACAGCGUCCUGCCAGAGCCAGGGACCCCGGCCCGCGCAGAGCAGCCCGGGAAGCUGGUCUCCUUCAGUGAGGCCCUGCAGCACUUCCAGACCAUAGACCUCUCCUCCUUCAAGCAAAGGAUCCAGCCCACUGUCCGGAGGACCGGGCUCGCCGCCCUCCGGCACCGCCUCUUUGGGCCUCCAAAGCUCCACCAGGGCCUCCACGAAGAAAGGGACCUGGUGCUGACCAUCGCCCAGUGUGGCCUGGACAGUCAAGACCCGAUGCACGGCCGCGUCCUGCAGACCAUCUACAGGAAGCUGACUGGCUCCAAGUGCGACUGCGCCCUUCUCGGAGACCACUGGCAGGACCUGGGCUUUCAGGGAACAAACCCGGGCACGGACCUGCGAGGUGCGGGCUUCCUGGCACUCCUGCAUCUGCUCUACCUGGUGAUGGACUCCAAGACCCUGCUGAUGGCUCAGGAGAUUUUCCGCCUGUCUCAUCACCACAUCCAGCAAUUCCCCUUCUGCCUGAUGUCGGUCAACAUCACCCGCAUCGCAGUCCAGGCCUUGCGAGAGGAGUGUCUGUCCAGGGAGUGUAACCGGCAGCAGAGGGUCAUCCCCGUGGUGAACAGCUUCUACGCCGCCACCUUCUUGCGCCUGGCGCACGUCUGGAGGACAGAGCAGAAGACCAUCUCUGACUCGGGCUUCGUCCUCAAAGACUUGGAAGUGUUGGCCAAGAAGAGCCCCAGGCGGCUGCUGAAGAUGCUGGAGCUGUACUUGGCCCGAGUGUCGCAGGGCCAGGCCUCCCUGCUGGGGGCACAGAAGUGCCGCGGGCCGCCGGCCUCCCACUCCCAAGAUCUCACCUUCACCGGGGUGUGCGAGCUGCCCUCGUACCCCACGGACGGCAGGCUGAUCUGAGCCCUGCCUCUGCCUGGCCCCGCUACAGAGAGGGCUGUGGGACGCUCCAGGGCCUGGCCUGGGAUGCUGAGACUUUCAGGCCGUGACCUGGGCCACCCCAACUGCCCUGAUGUCAGCCGGCUCAGCAGCUAUUCUCAGUCGGGACUGAGAACACGAGGUGGGAGAGCGCCCCCUGGAGGCUCCACAGCGCCCUACACCGAGGCAUCUCCAAGCCACGGCACUGCAUUCCACCUUGCAGGUUUGCAGACUCCAUGCGUGGAGCAGGGACAUGUUGUUGGAAGGGAGGAGGCCUCGGUGGCAGCAGGAGGCAGCCCGGGGGCCAGCCUCAGCACUCGCCACUCCCUCCCACACUUCCCCUCUGUUUAUAUGAUACAGAAUCAGGUGCUUGGCUGGGUGUCCCCCUUGCUGCCCGUCCAGCCACACACUCCAGCACGUCUGAAUGAAAAGUGUGGCUCUGGCUGAGGGUGUGGUGCCUUUCCCUCGGGCAGGCCAUGCGUGCCCCACUGCCCAUCUUUAGGUCCUGCUGAGAGCCAGGCCAUGCGGUCAGGACGGGGCCUGCCCUGGGCAGCCAACACUCGCUUGAGGGUUGCUGUCUGUGGUGUCCAUUUGCUCGAGGCUGUCCAGGCCAGUGUUGCCGAGUUGCCCCCCACCGCCCCGCAGCUUUCCCGUCCUGCUGGCCCCUGGGGUCUCUGAGGUGGGGCUGGUGAGAGGCUGCCUCUCCCGCAGAAAUGGCAGGGAGCUCUCUGGGCCCCGGGGUUGGAGCAGGGCAGAAAGAGCGUCACCAAGCCCUUUCCCCGGCUUGCUCUGAGGGGAGAAGAGGCCCUCCUGCAGAACCAGAAAGCAAGGCCCUGACUGCCACAGGCCAGAGAGUGUGGGUCAGGGGGCUCUCUACGCAGCCCCCUCUCCUCACACUGGUGUGGCCCUUCUGCACGUGCAGAAGCCCGGUCCCAGGGCCACAUGCUCCAGACAGCACCUCCGUGUGUCUGGUCUCGGGACACUAGCGGGGGUGGAAUCCAGGGGUGGAUCUGGACCCUCGAAAAGCAUAAUCCAAGGGCCUGAGAGAGAGAGAGUCCAGGCGGUGAGACAUUUGCCUUGCAGGUGGCUGCUGACCCUGGUCCACAUCCCAGGUACCGUAUAUGGGCCCCUGAGCAAUGCUGGGAGUGAGCCCUGAGCACAGAGCUACAGGUUAGGCCUAAAAACAGUUGGGUGACCCCACCACUACCACCACCAAAAACAUAAAUAAAACCAAGAAAAUCGCAAAAA